GGGGCUCGAGUGUCGGGAGAAGGCCUUCUUCUUCGGGAGCCUGGCUGCGGCGGCGCCACCCCAGCGCCCGGGGCAGAGCACAGUCCCCCCCCCCUCUUCUUCGCUUUCCCCUCCAACAUGACCGACCAGGCCCAAAAUCCGCCCCCCGCCGCCGCCGCCCCUGCUGCGGCCCACCCGCCGGCCAUGCGCCGCGAGGCCCGCCUCGCUUGCUGGGCUGCCCGUGACGCGUUUUUCGCCUGCGGCACCGCCAACCAAACCCAUGUCUACCGGGUCGGCACAACCAUCGACGCGCCCGGCAUGACCGAGAAGGACAUCGCCGCCGUGCCCUGCGGCCCGGAGCUUGUCGAGUUCCGCAAGCUCUGCCCGGCUGUCUGGAUCGACCACUUCGAGAGCCGGAGGAAGGCCGCCGAGUACCAGAAGUAUCUGGAGGAGCACCCCCCGCAGUCGCGGAUUGAGGAGCAGCUCGAGCGCAUGGAGCAGCAGAAGCGCGCCAGGCAGCAGCAGCAGCAGCAGCAGCCGUCGCAGUAG